CACGGAAAUGAAUGAAAUUCUCCAUUGGUGGUCCUCCAAGAGCGCGAUUGACACUGAUGCAACAGCUGAUGAUAGCUCUUUGAAAUCCCAUGAAGAAAAUGGUCACUCAGACCAGCAAGCUUCACAUCUGACCGGUAACUCGCUGGUAUGUGACACUCCCAAAUCUGAGGCUUGUAUGGACCUUUCGCAGCAUUCGCACUUUGGGGGACGAAGCGUGUCGUCAUCCUUCAGUGUCCCAGAAUCACUGUGAAAUGACAGACGAUCCGCUGUCACAAAGCGACACUCUCUUUCCAUCCAUUCAGGAUGACGAGAAAGAAAACGCUAACAUUGUGCAUCUCGGGGUUGCAGAUGGCUCCGACCAAGAGGACAUGCGAGCGACGGCGCAGGAACAACAUGAAGAAGUUACGCGCCUCUUGUAUCAGACACAAGACAUGGCCGAAAAGGUCGCCUCUCUUGCGGAAACGUCCUGUACCGAAGAAGAAGAAGACGAGGAGGGUAAUGAAACUGACCACGAUGACGAAUGCACCGGACCACUCCUUGAAGUGGUUGAAGGUUGGCUGAAUGCACCUCGUGGCGGGAUUCGACGACGACGUCGAAAGAAGCUUCAUUCCAACAUUCACAAUAAGAGCCCUUCAGACCAGGAAGUUCCAAGCUCCUCGUUGCUACAAUUGCGCUGGCAAGAUUAUGCUCACCUAUGGUUUCGUCGCCAUCGAAUGAGUUUCGAAACGGCCAUUGUUAGGCGUUGCUUGGUCCCAGUUCUGCCACUUCCUGCGCUUCUUCAUCUCAUGAAUCGGCCCAAGCUCACCCGUCAACUUGUUUGGGGUACAAUCCUCCUGGCUAUGCUUGGAUUCCCUUUGAUCCUGUGGCUCUAUUUCCCACAACGGGUGCUUGCUCCAGUAUCUGUUCAGCCAAAAUUGGACCUCUUCUUGCAACACCCGUACUAUACCUCCGAGCUGCACUACUCCUUGCACGCGAUUCGUCCCCUUGCGGGUGAAACCACUUCUACAUUCUUCGAAAGUGACUCUGAUUAUGAUUUCCUUUGAAAUAUUGGACCUCAUAACUGGUCAGCUGUCGGGUUGAUACCCAAUCUAAUAUGUACAUCUAUUAUAGCUACUACGAAAAGUUUAUAUUC